GAAGGAUGAGCGAUCCGAAGCGAAACUUUCGGUUGGCGCAGAGAGAGAACUUCCACUCUGGAAAAAAGAGAUUUUCAGAGAGGCUCCCAAGCUCAUCUCUGUUAGGGCUUUUUGACCUGCUUCUCUGUCCUUUAGUGAGAUUAAAUCUCACUCUCUGAUCUCUUCGAUCAUCAAAAAUAAGGGUUUUUCGCCGGAAUUUGGCCGAAUUCGCUGUGAUCUUGUCGGAGUAUUCUGUAGCAGACUUGCAAUCACUGUUUCCGAUUUAAAGCCUGAUUUUUCAGGGUUGUUUCCAACUGCAGUAGAUAUGGUGAAUUCGUUGGUGGAACGAGCGACGACUGAUAUGCUUAUCGGUCCUGAUUGGGCGAUGAACAUUGAGAUCUGUGAUAUUCUGAAUCACGAUCCUGGGCAAGCGAAGGAUGUUGUUAAAGGCAUUAAAAAGCGACUUGGGAGUAAGAAUCCGAAGGUCCAGCUCCUUGCACUCACACUGUUAGAGACUGUAAUAAAGAAUUGUGGGGACAUCGUCCAUAUGCAUGUCGCUGAGAGAGAUAUUCUUCAUGAGAUGGUGAAGAUAGUUAAAAAGAAGCCUGACUUACAUGUGAAGGAGAAGAUACUGAUACUAGUAGAUACCUGGCAAGAAGCAUUUGGGGGGGCAAGAGCUAGAUAUCCACAAUACUAUUCUGCAUAUCAGGAGUUAUUGCGUGCUGGAGCAGUAUUUCCUCAGAGAACUGAAAGUUCUGCACCCAUAUUUACUCCUCCACAAACUCAGCCUUUGUCAUCAUAUCCUCAAAAUUUGCGUAAUACUGAUUACCAGCAGGAGGUAGCCGAAUCUUCUGCAGGCUCUGAUUCUCCGACUUUGAGCCUGACAGAAAUGCAGAAUGCUCGGGGUAUUAUGGAUGUUCUUGCAGAAAUGCUUAAUGCUAUAGACCCGGGGAACAAAGAGGCACUUAGACAGGAGGUUAUAGUUGAUCUGGUUGAACAGUGUCGCGCAUACAAGCAGAGAGUGGUCCACCUAGUUAACACAACUUCGGAUGAAUCUUUGCUUUGUCAAGGACUAGCAUUGAAUGAUGACUUGCAGCGUUUACUAGCCAAGCAUGAAGCCAUUGCUUCAGGAACUGCCAUUCCUAUUCGUCCAGAGAAACCCAAAACUCCUCAGGCGCUUCUAGAUGUUGAUGGACCUGUAGUUACAGAUAAGGAAAAUAACACCAAGACUGAUGAAAGGUCCACUGCUGCUGCAAGUCAACCUCUUGAGUUAUUAUUGCCAGCCCCUCCUGGAUCAAGUGGUCCGGCGACUGCUCCAGCAAGGGUUGAUCCAAACAUGGACCUUCUCAGUGGUGAAAAUUACAAUUCUCCUACCAGUGGUGUUACCGAUCAUUCACUGGCGCUUGUUCCUGUGGGAGAACCACAGCAAACCAGUCCUGUGUCUAAUCAGAACACUCUUGCGCUUUCAAACAUGUUUUCUCAGAAUAGCAGUGGCACAGAUUCUUUCAAUUCCCAGAUGGUUUACCAAGGUGGACCAACGUACCCUACAUCACCACAGUUUUCUCAGCAGAGGCCCAUGCAGUUUCCUCAGUCCCCAUUUUAUCCGAAUGGAAGUACUCCAAACAUGGGGCCAACUCAAUAUGAGCAAUCACCUUAUGGUAAUCCUGCAUGGAAUGGCCAGGUUUCUCAAGGCAUGAACCAACAGCAACAGCAACAGCAGACCUUCUAUGGUGGUGCUCCAAGCAGUGGGGCAUUCCCUCCCCCACCCUGGGAAGCUCAGCCAACAGAAGGGAGCCAGAUGGCAGGGUCACAAUACCCUCAACCAUUGCAUGUUACCCAGGUGGUUGUUAAUCCUCCCCAACCAGUUCAGAGUGGCACACCUUACCAGCCAACGGGGAAUGAACAUAUGGGUAUGUAUAUUCAACCAAUUACAAGCGGUCAAUUAGCAGCCAUCAACCACAAUCAACCUAUCCAGGGCAACCAGCUAGUGGGCAUGCAUCCUCAGCCAAUCCAGGGUGGGCAGAUGAUGGGCAUGUUACCUCAGCAGCCAAUGCAUGCUGGUGGUCAGCUGACAUCGAUGAAUCAAAUGCCAAUGCAGAGCAACAUGGGAUAUUACGGUUACGGUCAGCCAAUGGAGGCUCAAUACCUUGACCAGAGAAUGUACGGGCUUUCUAUACAGGAUGACAGUGCUUUAAGGAACUCUUCCUCCUACGUUCCUCCUAGCUCGUAUAUGACACUUAGCAAGCCUUCCAAGCCAGAGGAUAAGCUCUUUGGGGAUCUU